UGUCACACAGCCUGUGGCAUGAAUGUCAGAAUAGGCCCAUUCUACCAGCUCUGGCUGAGCCUGAGCUUCCAAAAAGUGAGCUGAGCUGUUCAACCUUGGAUCUUAAUUACUCCUAGCAGGGAUAAUUAGGUCCCUCUUUCUCAGAUUACAGGUUUGAGAAGUUCCAAAUAUCCCAUGCCCUAAAGGUUUUUUUCCCUUAAUUUUAUUGUUACAAUUGGCCUUCAUCUAGCUCUGGAUGGUUGAACUGUAGCAUGGCAAAGAUGUUUGAUCUCAGGACGAAGAUCAUGAUCGGCAUCGGAAGCAGCUUACUGGUUGCCGCGAUGGUGCUCCUAAGUGUUGUGUUCUGUCUUUACUUCAAAGUAGCUAAGGCACUAAAAGCUGCAAAGGACCCUGAUGCAGUGGUUGUAAAAAAUCACAACCCAGACAAGGUGUGUUGGGCCACGAACAGCCAGGCCAAAGCCACCACCAUGGAGUCUUGUCCAUCUCUCCAGUGCUGUGAAGGAUGUAGAAUGCAUGCCAGUUUUGAUUCCCUGCCACCUUGCUGUUGUGACAUAAAUGAGGGCCUCUGACUUGGGAAAGCUGGGCACAAAAAUCUUCAUGAGCAAUAUUUCUUUCUUAAUAGAACGUUUUAUGAUUCAAGUCAAGUUCUAGAGUGUUUACAUACUAUUAUAUAAUGUACAGUGUUAUUUUCUGUACUUUUGAAUAAAUGUGCAAUAUUGGAAAUAA